AUGGCUGGCUACACUGGCAGCAGCAAUGGCGGCCCUCCCUCCUCGUCUGGCUACGCUCCCUACGCCCCAUCCAACCUCCGCCAGAACUAUCCUCACUUCGAAGAGGAGGAUCCCGUAGGAGACUUCUUGCGCCACCUCAAGCACCAGAUGCAGUCACUGCAACAUCUCUGGAACACAAGGGGGAAGAGGGCUACGCUGGCCUUCCUGUACGAGGUGGCGCAUCAGCUGCGCAGGAACCUGACUUUGCGUCGCCUUUCCAGUUUUCCGCACCUCCUGGUGCCAUCCGAUGCCACGCCUCACCAUCUGAUCUUCGUCGCGGAUCCUCAGCUGAUCGAUCCGCACUCUUACCCCGGGCGACCUUGGCCCAUCAAUUCAUUGACUGUCAUGGUCACCGACAACUACAUGCGCCGGUCGUAUCACCAGCUGCAAGAACAAUUACACCCUGACACAGUGUUCUUCUUGGGCGACCUGUUUGACGGGGGAAGAGAGUGGCGGACCUUCCACGGCGAUUCUCAGGAUCCGAGCUGGAACCACCGACCGAAGGGCGAGGUAGGCUACGCGAAGAAGUGGAAGAAAAAGUAUGGAGAGGAUUUCUGGCUGAAGGAAUACGCGAGGUUCAGCAAUUUGUUUGUCAAGCCUUUCAAUUUGGGCGGCACAGAAGCUGGGCAAGGCCAAAGAGGAAGAAGGCUGAUUGCCAGCUUGCCCGGGAACCACGACCUUGGGUUCGGGUCUGAGGUCAAAGUACCUGUGAGAAAUCGCUUUGAGGCAUACUUCGGGGAUGUCAACAGGGUGGACGUCAUUGCAAAUCACACGUUUGUGUCGAUAGACGCGCUUUCUCUGAGCGCCCGCACUUCAGAUGACAGGGCCAAAGGCGAUCUGACCAACAUCUACAAACCAACAGAGGACUUUUUGAACAAGGCGCAGCUAUCGAAGCGGAAAGCGGUCGAGCGAGAACUGCGCCGUCUUCGCGGGGACGUCGAGGAAGUGCUACAGGAGCACAAGAUCGAGGACGCGCUUACGGCGGACUUCAGCCAUAUCCCGACAUUGAACCCAGGCGAGGGCAAGGCGGAACUGCCAACAAUACUGCUUUCGCAUGUGCCAUUAUACAGGCCGCCAGGGACGCAAUGCGGGCCGAUGCGAGAACAUUGGCCCCCAUCGAACCCGGCGGACCCCGGAGCCAGGGACGACAGGAAUGCGAUUUCCGUGUCCAGAGGCUAUCAGUACCAGAAUGUGCUCAACGAAGUGGACUCGAUAGAUGUGGUCAACAAGAUCGGCAAUAUCAUCCACGCGUUCUCCGGCGACGACCACGACUACUGCGAGCUCAGGCAUGCCGAGAAUCAGGCGAAUGUGAAGGAGAUUACUGUCAAGAGUGUGAGCAUGGCCAUGGGUGUCCCCACGCCAGGUUUUGUCAUGGUCAGCAUGUACAACCCCAUCGAUACGGAAGGAAAGCCACUCUCGGGCGACCAAGAGCAUACCCUCCAAACACACCUGUGCCUGCUGCCCAGUCAGCUGUCUACCUACGCGCGCUACGGCGGCUUCGCGUUCGUCUGCGUUAUAGCGCUCACGAUCCGGGCGUUUCUCGUCCCCAUCCUCGGCCUCCAGCCUUUCGCGCUCGACCCGAGUGGGCCGGGCAGUAAGUCACGAUCCGCGCUUCCGACGUACAAGGCAAAGCUCGACGACUACGACUCGGAGCAGGCUUCAUCAGGAUAUGGGUAUGGAUCCUCGGCGUCAUCAUACAACUCGGCGUCCCCACACCGAUCCGCAACACGUGACAGGAGCGCAUCCUUCACGCCCGGCGUCAGGGCAAACGGCCUCGCAUCCCAGGCGCGAAACGCGUCCCCCAAACGCCCGGGCGGGAACACCAAGGGCCUCGCGAGACACAGCUCCAACAGGGAGAAGAACGGGAGCCGGUGGGGCUGGAGCAACGGGCCGAAGAUCGAGAUCGACAUUGGCGAGGAUGAAGAAUACUACUACGAUGCCGGGAAGUCACGCUGGAAAGCAGCCACAGUUAAGAAGGGCAGCAGGAACACCCUGGUGAUAGCAUGGAGGGAGCUGUGGACCACGGCGGAUCAAGCGGGCCAGCACUCCCUCUGCCCGCAUCGUGACCCGUCACCUUCUCUCGCCUUACCUCCCCUGUCGCUCUCGUCGAAGCUCUCACUACCUUCGAUACCAUUCACAUCCUCCAGAGGCGCCAUGUUGCCUGGCUCGGUGCGGCGCGUAGCCUCAGCGGCGCCACACUCGCCGCUUCUGUCAUCCUUGAGCUCAUCCGUCCCACGAGCCGCCGUCGCCAACGUCGCUCUCAGCUGUAGACCCCUCCAGCAGAGACGAUACUCGUCAUCCAAGCCAUCGCGGGAUAACGACUCAGGAGACCUGCCUGUCAACCAGUCCGUCCAGCCAUCCACCGUAUCUAAGACCGCCGAGGCAAAAUCUUCCGGUGAGAAGAGGAAACGGAAAGCAAAGGAAAGCCCAGAGAAGCAAGACCUUCCCAGGGUGCCCAGCACACAAAGUAUACCCAACGAGUCGCUCGCCCUAUCCUCGUUCUUCUCUCUCCACAGGCCGAUCUCGGUGACACACAGCCUACCCCGAAUCAUAACCGACGAUGCCUUCGCAGCGAUUUUCACACAGCGAGCGGGAACGACGAAGCCCUCCGAGGUCAUGUCCACCAUUUCGCGCACCGUCCAAGGCCUAGAACAGCCCAUGGCCAGCCUUUCCAUCGAGAGCGAGGCCGACGCCGCCCACCAGGCUGAGGCUGGGGUGCACAAGAUCGACCUGAGGCAGGCCGACGGCACGGACGCAACCGUCUCCGUUCAAAUAAACUCUAUGUCCGGCAGCUUCCUGCCCUUCCGCCCCCCACCCCUACCGCAACCGCAAUCCGCCACCGGCACAUCCGAGGCGGCAGAGAAGGCCCGGGCGGACGAGGCCCUCGCGGCGGAGGAGGACCAGCAGCCGCAGACGCGCGUGUACAGGGCCGUCUUCACGAUCGAGGAAUCGACGGACGCCAGCGGCGAGGUCAAGAUCCUGGCGCACAGCCCGGAGCUCAUCGAGGAGCCGCAGCCGGGCUCCUCGGCGGCUGGGGCGGCCGCCGAGCCGCGGUCGUUCCUCGACCGCAUGGCCCUGCGGCAGCUUCGCUACGACGAGUCGCGCGACGCGCAGGAGCACGCGAGGAGCAACAGCAUGCUGGCGAUCAGCGUCAAGCGGCAACGGAAGCUCAAGAUGAAGAAGAAGAAGUACAAGAAGCUGCAGAAGAGGCUCCGGCACGAGCGGAGGAAGCACGACAGGUAG